CUGCUGCGAGGCGGUAUAAAUUCCACCCCUCGGUCCCAGACCUCCACUGGCUCAGGCGGUACUGGUCUCACUGAAGCAGCACGCCCAGCUGAGCAUGGCUUCCGAACACCAGAUGCCGGCCUCCAAGCAGCAGCCCGCCAGCUCCAAGAUUGCGAUCUUCGAGCAGGAGAACUUCCAGGGCCGCUGCCAUGAGCUCAGUGGUGUCUGCCCCAACCUGAAGGAUGCCGGUGUGGACAAAGUGGGCUCCAUCCUCGUGCACUCCGGACCCUGGGUGGGCUACGAGCAGGCAAGCUGCAAGGGUGAGCAGUUUGUGUUUGAGAAGGGGGAGUACCCCCGCUGGGACUCCUGGACCAACAGCCGGAGAAGCGACAGCAUCACCUCCCUGAGACCCAUCAAAGUGGUGAGAGCACCCCGACAGCCACUACCCACCCGCCAGACCAAGGACAGCCAGGAGCACAAGAUUGUGCUGUAUGAAAACCCCAGCUUCACCGGCAAGAAAAUUGAGAUCAUUGACGACGAUGUGCCCAGCUUCCAUGCGCAUGGCUACCAGGAGAAGGUCUCCUCCGUGCGGGUGCAGAGUGGCACGUGGGUGGGCUAUCAGUACCCUGGCUACCGAGGCUACCAGUACCUGUUUGAGAAGGGUGACUACAAAGACAGCUCCGAGUUUGGCGCCCAGCACCCCCAGAUCCAGUCGGUGCGGCGCAUUCGGGACAUGCAGUGGCACCAGCGCGGCGCUUACCACCCCUCCAACUGAAGCCCUUGCACUGCCGGGCACAGGGGGCCGAGCGCUGCCCCCAUCUGCCGCUGCCCCCAAGGCCUCACCUCC